AGAGAAGGUGGAAAGAAAAAAGACCUCACGGGAGUGACCAUAGUGCGGUGGAAGUAUUAAUUGCACGAUCUCGCGUUGCAAUUCAUCCCUCUCCUCCCCCCUUCGCGCGUGUAUUGCGUCAAGAAGAUCGUCAUGAUAGUCAGAGCGUGCGCGCACGUUAUUAUGCGGCUCGUUGUCGUCGUGUCUGCAUCCAAUUUCAUCGCCGACGCGAACGCCAGCGCCGACGUGGAUCAUCGCGAAGAGUGGGUCGUCAGAGUGCAGGGUGGAUCGCAAGUGGCGUCGCUACUGGCUGCGCAGUCUGGUUACAAGCACCAUGGCUCGGUUCUCGGAUUCAAGGACACAUAUAUAUGGCUCAAAGACCCUAACCCAAGUGAAAAGAAGAGAGGAAAUCUUCGCUUAACGAAGGCCCUUGAUGCAAAUUCUAAGAUCGUCUGGGCAGAUCAACAGAAAACUGUGAAACGACUUAAACGCGAUUACAUCUCGUUACCCGACUUGGAGUCUGAAAAACCCUUAACGAGAGAGAAGCGUCUGCAAUUAAACGCAUACGAAGCUGCAUUAAAUGCCGUUAACAACGAAGAAGAAAAUUACGACGUUGUUCAUAGGACAAAGAUAUUUAACGACGAGCUUUGGGAUCAGGAAUGGUACCUGCAAGAUACGAGGACGAACAAAGCUUUGCCGAAGCUCGACUUAAACGUCUUGCCUCUAUAUCGACUGGGGAUAACUGGUCGGGGGAUAAGAAUUGCCGUUCUCGACGACGGUUUAGAGUACAGUCACGAUGACCUACGAAACAAUUACGACGCAGCCAUUAGCUACGACAUAAACGAGGACGACAACGAUCCCUUUCCAAGAUACGACGUAUCAGGGAUGAACGGUCACGGUACCAGGUGUGCCGGUGAAAUAGCAAUGGAGGCCAACAACCGGAAAUGCGGCGUUGGCAUCGCCUUCGAGGCGUCCAUCGGGGGUAUCAAGCUUCUCGACGGCCUGGUGAACGACCGUGUGGAAGGCGAGGCACUGGGAUACAGAUCUGGACUCGUCGACAUCUACACGGCUUCCUGGGGACCGGCGGACGAUGGAAAAAGUUUGGAGGCACCCGGUAGACUAGCUGUCGAAGCACUCGAGCGUGGUGUAAGGGAGGGUCGUAAUGGUAAAGGUAACAUUUACGUGUGGGCUUCUGGAAAUGGCGGUUCUAAAUUGGACGACUGUGCAUGCGACGGCUACGUUGGGAGUAUAUACACCGUGGCUGUUGGAUCGGCCAGUCAAACUGGGAGAUUUCCUUGGUACGGGGAAAGGUGUCCUGCCACCCUCGCUACGACAUACAGUAGCGGCGCUUACUACGAUCAGAUGAUAGCAACAACGGAUCUAAAAAACACUUGUACGACCAGGCAUACGGGUACUUCAGCUUCUGCCCCAUUAGCUGCCGGGAUACUGGCUCUCGCGCUGCAAGUAAACGUCGACUUAACGUGGAGGGACAUCCAACAUCUGGUGGCCUGGUCAUCGGAGUACAGUCCUCUCAGGGGAAAUCCAGGAUGGUUUAAGAAUGCGGCUGGAUUUUGGUUCAACUCGCGUUUCGGCUUCGGACUUAUGAACGCGUACGCUCUAGUAAUGGCAAGCAGUAACUGGACGAUGGUGCCGGAGAAGACUAUUUGCAAAGUGGAUCACGUAUAUACCACCGAUAUGAGACUGGCUUAUGGAAAUCCGAAGAAACUUCAAUUCGACGCCGGCGGCGCUUGUCGGACAUUGGGAAACGAGAUAAUCUUCCUGGAGCACGUGGAGAUCGAGGUGAAUCUCGAGUACUCUCGUCGCGGGGCGCUACAGAUGCAUCUGGCCGCGCCCUCAGGAACCUUAGUCCAAAUUUUAAGUCCAAGAAAGCUGGAUAAUUCCGACGCUGGUUUUGCAAAAUGGAAAUUUAUGUCCGUCGCGACGUGGGGUGAAGAUCCUCGAGGCACAUGGACCUUGGAUAUAUUUGACGAAAUAGGUCCGGUGCAGAACAAUGGCACGAUUGGGGCAUUUACGUUGACUUUACACGGCACCGCGCAAAUACCUAAUUACCGUAGAAACGGGCCGAGAGUAUACAACGAGGACUACAAUCGUAUACAUAAAACUUACAACAUGUUCGAGCCGAUCGCAACAAAUUCCGCACGAGACGAAUACGAGGAAAACAUACAAUCGCCAGCUAUUAAUGAUAUUUUGGAUGAACACUGGUUCCAGAAGCUAUUAAACUUAUGAUACCCAGCAUCCUAGUCAUAUUGCUAUAUCGAAUAUCAAAUUAAUAUUAAAUGAAUAUUAAAUUAAAUUAGCGAUCACUCUAAUAAUUAUUUUAAUUAUUACAACAAUACAAAAUAUGACACGGAAUUGAGAUUUUCGAGAAGUAUCGUUCAGCUCGGCCGACGCUAUUAUUAAAUUAUCUCAUCGCUACUAAAUGUUUAAAAAGUCGUUCUGAGAAAUAACCUUCAAUUUAAAUUGCCGAUUAAAUUGACUUCAUUCGUCGCGUAUUUUACGAAAUGCAAAUGUUUUAUUUAUGUCCGUCAACAAUAACAGAAUCAAGAAGAAGAACUAAACGAUAUGCGCGACUAUUCUACAAACAUGCGAGACGAUCGAUUGUUGCGCGAUGCUGUUUAUUUACUUUAUAUUUGCGUCGCUCCGUAAAGUUUCGUUCCCAGCGAGACACGUCGAUAAUACCCUUGAGCAGUAAUUCUGCGUUGCACUGCGAAUUAACAAUGAUAUGAUUGCAUUUUACAUCGAGAUUGAACGCGAAUAAGAAUUGUCGUCGCCUACACGUAUCGUUUUAAUAUCGAAAAAAGAUCUCCUUGACCUUUCCCAACGCCGUCACCGACUUUCUACGUAUUUUGUAAAGUCAUUGUAUUUAUCGUAGAACGGCGGCUUAAUAGCGCAGUCGAAAUGCACACUGUAAAUCAUGCGGAUAUAAAUAAGCCAUACGAAAAAAACACAAAUAUUAGUA